AUGGCCGCUGCCCGCGCCCUCCGGGGGGCCUUCGAGGGCAUCGUGGCAGACAGCCUGGACCGCCUGAGGGAGGAGCUCGUCGCCAGACACGAGGAGCUGCUGCGGGAGUUCCUCUCCGAGCGCGCGCAGCCGCCCGAGCCGCGCGCGGCGGCCGCGCCGGCCGAGGAGGAGCUCUCCGCCGCCCCUGCGGAGUGCGGCGGCGACGCGCAGGAGCAGCCGCCCUCCGAGCCCUCGACGCGCCGGCCGCGCACGAGCGGCGGGGCGGCCACCGGCAAGUACUUUCGGCCACCAGCUCGUUCCCCAGCCUCGUCACCGACUCCGAGCCCGAGGGGAGCGGGGGACGAGCUCCAGACGCAGCGGCGGCACGCGGCGGAACACAUCUCGGGCUUCGAUGCCGCCUCGGGCGAGUCCUCCGGCGGGCUCGCGGAGGCGGCCGGCGGCGCGGACACGCCCGGCGCGUCCCCGGUGCCGAGGCUGUCGAGGUCGGGCAGCGUGCUGAUCAGGACGCAGGGGCGGCACCAGACGAAAAACAUGUUCGAGCCGGCCAUCUCGCACGAGUCAGACAACGGCCGCGUGGAGGCGGGCGGCGGCGCGGACGCGCCCGUGUUGGCGCUGGCGUCAUUGGAGGAACACCGCGUGUUUCGCGAGGCCAGGCUGCGGCGGGUGGAGACGACGGAUUCGUUCUGGAAGACCACGCUCCUCGACGACUUGGAUGAGAGCACGAGGAAGUGCGUGACGCAGUCGAGAGACCUGUUCAGGCGCAAGUUGCGCGUGGGCGACAUGCUGGUGGACAGGCACAGGUGCCAGGGCCUCAUCCAGCACCCGAAUUCACGGUACCGCCUCGCCUGGGACCUCACCGGUUUCCUUUUCAUCAUCUACGACUUGUUCGUUAUUCCCCUCUACGUCUUCGACCUGCCAGACGAGGGCUGGGCGGAAGUGGCGUUGAUGUGGGUGUCGGUGAGUUUCUGGACCGUCGACAUUUUCGUCUCCUUCUGUACAGGUUACUACAUCGAUGGUUUCUUGGAGAUGAGACCUUCGAGGAUAGCAAGGCGAUAUCUGAGAUCAUGGUUCGGGCCGGAUGUUGCCAUCGUGCUCAUGGAUUGGGCGUUUGUCGUCGUUGGUUUGGGAGAUGCUGCAGGUAUUCUGCGCAUACGUAGGUCACUGCGGGCUCUCCGCAUCAUUCGGGCGCUGAGGUUGGUCCGCCUCGCCAAAAUCAGAGAAAUCUUUACAAAGAUUACCGACGGCAUCAACUCUGAGUUUGUGCGCGGUGGCGGAUUGAUAUUGCUGAGCAUCCUCAAGCUAGUGGUUUCUGUCGUUAUUCUGAACCAUUACAUCGCUUGCGUGUGGUACGCCCUCAGCGGCGUUCAGCUGAGCGACUCGAGGCAGUGCUCGUGGGUGGCCAAGCACGGCGUGGACGACGCCUCGAACACCUACAAGUACCUCACAAGCCUGGGUCGUCGGACUGGUCGAUGA